AAAGACGUGACUCUCGCAAAGGACCUCCUCCACCUAUCCUCAGAAGAGGAGAAGAGCAAACACCAGAAGAAAUGCCUGGUGCCGAACCCCAACACCUACUUCAUGGACGUGAAAUGCCCAGGAUGCUGCAAAAUCACCACAGCCUUUAGACGUGCGGGAAUGGUAGUUUUGUUUGUUGGCUGCUCCACUGUUCUUUGCCAGCCUACAGGAAGAAAUGUAAGGCUUAUGGAAGGACGUUCCUUCAGACAGAAGCAGCACUGA